GUGGUGAGUUCAGAUUUCACAGGGAGCACCUGAAGGCAACUUCUGUCAGAGGUGUGCGUCUGUCAUUGAGCGCGUGCGCAGUGGUCAAACUAGGAAGCAGAGGCGACUAUGUGGACGUAUCUUUGAAGGAAGCUGCUUCGGAAUCAUUUUCGGAAGGGUUAGAUACCUGUGGAAAUAAGGGAGUUUCUUAACAAUGGACGGCUGACAGCUACGAGCAAAGUCCGUGCAAUUCAUUUAACAUUUUCAUCGUAUUAAAAAAAACAACAACAAGGGAUUCACAAUGAUGUCAGAAUGCGACCCAACGGAGACAGAGAACUGCGAGCCCGGGCUGGACGCCGGGGCAACAACAGCCGUGUCCGCUUCACAGUGUGACUUUCGCUCCCUGGACCCUCCGAAGGUGCUAUUUGACAGGAACGGGAUAGGUUUGGGACACGUGACAAAGCUUGGAGGGGCCGUUCGUAUCUCGGACUCGUGUGAAAGCGUCUUAACCGAACUGGAGACGGACGGGUCGGGCGAAGAGACGCUGUUGUUACCGUGCUCAGCGGGAAGCCCGUCGUCCCCCCGGGGCGUGGGAGAGAAGUGGAGCCGGCGGAACAGACGCAGCUCGUCGUCGGAUAAAGACGCCCUGGCCUCCCCGGGUGCCAGCAGUGGAGACUUCAACCAUUUCCCUGAUGAUCCAGAGUUUGCAGACAUUAUUCAAAGGGCAGAACAAGCUAUUGAGAAUGGCUACUUUCCAGAAAGGAUCUCCCAGGGUUCCAGUGGGAGCUACUUUGUCAAAGACCCAAAAGGGAAAGUCAUUGGUGUUUUUAAACCAAAGUCAGAGGAACCAUACGGUCACCUGAACCCCAAAUGGACCAAAUAUUUUCACAAGCUGUGCUGUCCGUGUUGUUUCGGCCGAGGCUGCUUGUUGCCUAACCAGGGUUACCUCUCAGAGGCUGCUGCCUCACUGGUGGACACGAAACUAGCCCUUGGAGUGGUGCCAAAAACAAAGGUGGUGAACUUGGCCAGUGAAACGUUCCACUACAGCGCCAUCGACAGAGCCAAAUCCAAGGGGAAGAAGUACGCCUUGGAGAAAGUCCCCAAGGUGGGACGACGCUUCCACAGAGUGGGCCUGCCGCCGAAGGUGGGCUCGUUUCAGUUAUUUGUGGAGGGUUACCGUGAAGCAGACCACUGGCUGCGGCGCUUUGAGGCGGAAUCUUUGCCGGAGAACAUCAGGAAGCAGCUGCAGUCCCAGUUUGAGCGGCUGGUGGUGUUGGACUACGUCAUCAGAAACACAGAUCGCGGAAAUGACAACUGGUUGAUCAAGUAUGAGAAGCCAGGAGAAGGACAAAAGGAUGCAGAGUGGCCAGAGAAUAGCUCCGACUCCUGUAUCAAGAUUGCAGCGAUUGACAACGGCCUGGCCUUCCCCUUUAAACACCCGGAUGAAUGGAGAGCCUAUCCGUUCCACUGGGCAUGGCUUCCCCAGGCGAAGGUGGCCUUCUCCCAGGAGACCCGAGACCUGGUUCUGUCCCGCCUGUCUGACAUGAACUUUGUCCAGGACCUCUGUGAGGACCUCUAUGAGAUGUUCAAGGUGCAAACCCCCGCGGAUAAAGGCUUUGAUAAGACCAUGUUUGAGAGACAAAUGUCUGUAAUGAGGGGACAGGUGUUGAAUCUGACCCAGGCGCUGAAGGACGGGAAGAGCCCCAUCCAGCUGGUACAGAUGCCCCGGGUGGUGGUGGAGCGCAGCCGAUCGGGUGGUCAAGGGCGUGUGGUCACACUUGGCAACGCCUUCACACAAACUUUCCACUGCAAGCGUCCCUUUUUUACCUCUUGGUAGUCACGGUUGGGCGGUGAGGUCAGUUCAGGAGAGACUUCUGGACAGACUUUUUUUUAUUUAUUUUUUCUCUUGAAGUGCCAGGGAAGACGGGAGGUUGAACCUGGACACCGCAAAUAUGUUUGCCGAUAAACAAAAUGAAGACACGGUAGAAAGACAGUAUGAUGAAGUAACUUGCUUUCGCCCCAUUCCAUAUUUUGUGAAGCGACACCAGUUACCAUGGUGACUUGAUAGGAUAAUCUACUUUUCCAUGGAUGUGGGCUUUCUUUACUGUUAAAAGGCUUCUUUUUUUUAACUUUCCUAAAGUACCUUGCAGGGUCACAUGGUGGUGCAAAUGGCCAAAGAAGUGUAGUUUGGGAAUCUAAAGGACCAGUUUCACAGAUCUCUCUAGAAACUGAUUUAUUUAUUUUUAAAUCUGGGACGGUGUUGUUCCUUGCCUGGGAGCAAGUCCCAAACUAUAUUUUGCCUUGUUGAAAACAAUAGAUGUGCACUUGCGCCGCUGGAAGUGUUUUGAAUAGUUCUACCGAGCCAAACCGCUUUUUAUCCAGUGUUCGCUUUCAAAAUCACGUCUGUUGAACUAACAGAAACGCAGUGUCUUCAACUCUCACUACUGCCAAAAUCUUGUUUGUGUACGGAGUAUUUAACAGCCACAAGAAAAUGAAUAUGUUGAAACUUGAAUAUGACAAUUUGGGAAGGAGACUAUUAAGGAACACAUUGUUUGAAUGUAAUCUGUUUACGUCUUUGAUACAGAUGGUUGCUCCGAGACAUUUCAUUAUGAGCGAAUGCUGUAACAAUGAAUGUAUUUGUUGUUCGACAUGUAUUUAAUUGCUGGAAAGCAGCUUUCGCUUGAACUUUGUGGCAUGGGGGGCUUGGCACCUCAUCCGUGCCCUUUAUAACACAGAAGAAAUCUUUCGCAUUCUUGAUGCCCUUGUGUUUUCUUAUGUAUGCAUCUUGAAAUUUCUAUUCCAGCUCGAUGAUUGUAUAAGAAAAGUUGUAUAUUUAAAAAAAAAUGAAAAAUAAAAUUUGGGAAAUUUGAA